AUGUCUGAUAAAGGUGAUGAGGGAGAUAGCGAUGUAGAUAGUAAUGAUAAUGAUGAUGAAGUCGAUAAUAAAGCUGAUGGUGAAGCUGAUGGCGAAGUUGACUUAGAUGAUAAUAGUGAAGUUGACUUAGAUGAUAAUGGUGAAAUUGACUUAGAUGGUUUUACAGUAGGUUCAACAUUACAUUUCAAUUUCAGAAAAAAAGCUCGUUCUAGUGCUGUAUGGAAAUUUUUUGAUGAUAAUUUACCAGGAAAAAGUGAAAAACGUGUUUGCAAAAAAUGCAAACAAGAAUUUUCAAAAGGGACCGGCGUUUCUACUUUAAGACUAUUGGCCAAUCAAACCUCACAAAUUUCUGCUAUUUUGGAUCCUCGUAAUAAGCUAUCCGCCUUUAAAAAUGAACAAGAAAGUGAAGAUGCAAAAAGAUCAAUUUUAGAAUUAGUUUCAUAUUGCAAAUUGCCUAUAGAAGAAAAAGCAACAACUAUUAUUGGUGAUAAUAUAAUUGAUACACGUAACUAUUUUCGUCGUCUUCGUCAAAAAAAUAAUAAUCUUCCCGUCAAUGUACCUAAUAAUAAUUCAACAGCUGCUCAAGCCUGA